UUCUUUCCACGCAUGCGUACUGGUAGAAAUUUCAGGUUGCAAAUGCAGAACAUGAACAACGACUCGCAAAUUACUACCGGGCACCGAGUAUCAUCACAAAACGUUUAAAUGUUUUAUCAUUGUUUGUGUUUGUGUAUGCAUCUGAGUACAACCGCUAACAAUAGGUCAGGAAUUGAUGAUUAUGUGCGUGUAAGGAAGAGAAGAUUAUACAUUUAAUGAAACGAGAAACCAACCGGAAGCGAAGUACUCAAGUUGACUUGUUUGCAAACCAGCAUCCAACUCUACGCCAAAGCAUGGACAGUCUGGAAGAGGACCUGACAUGCUCCGUGUGCUACUCGCUAUACUCGGACCCACGGGUGCUGCCUUGCUCUCACACCUUCUGCCGAAGCUGCUUAGACAGUCUGCUCCACGCGUCGCACAACUAUUCCAUCUGGCGUCCGCUGCAUCAGCCGCUCAAGUGCCCUAAUUGCCGCAGCGUCGUGGAGCUGCCCCAGGCAGGCGUGGACAUGCUGCCCACCAACGUGUCCCUGCGCGCCAUCGUCGAGAAAUACCAGAAGAAUAGCAAGCCAAAAGCUCCCGAGUGUCCGGAGCAUCCGGGGCAGCCCCUCAAUAUGUACUGCGUCCAGGACCGCAAGGUCAUUUGUGGCCUGUGCCUGACUGUGGGCCAGCACCAGGGCCACACCAUAGACGACCUGCAAGCGACGUUCGCUAGAGAGAAGCAGACCCUUUCGCUCCUGCUCGAGCAACUCUCUGCGGGCAGAUGGGCGCAGGUGUGUGAGCUGGGCGAGCAACUGGAGAAGGAAAAGGCCCGCUGUGAGUCUGCGGUGAAGCAGGACCGUCAGGAAGUCGCCGAAUUUUUUCACACGCUGGAGAUGGCGCUAAUCAAGAAGAGGCAAGCUUACAUGGAGGUUCUGGACAAAGCCUUAGCAGAGGUGUCGCUGUCCUAUAACCCGCUAAUCCACAGGGUCAAGGAGCUGCAGGAAGAGCAAGUGGACCUGAUCUCUUUUGCUGAAUCCGUGGGGGAGGAGGAGUCUCCGUUGGCCUUCCUGGAGAAGGUUCACGCAUUCAGACAGAGAGUAUACGACUACAAAGUUGCCAGUCUGCCACGCGCCCUCAACCUCUCGGUCACGCCCCGAGCGGCCGAUUACCUGCGCCGGAACUGGAACACAGUCACCCUCGGCAGUCUGGAUGAGGCGCCGGUCCCUAAUCUGUGCACCCGGUGCGGUGGCGCGACUUCCAAGGCUAAUGGCGGACCAGCGCGGUACUGCAACUGGCUGGGACCCCAAAUGAUUUUGCCAGUGUUGACGCUGCUGCUGGUAGUGGUUUCGCUGUGCUGGCUUGGCGUCCCUCAGGUCAGCCAAGGUCCAAGGGAGCUAUUCACGCCUGUCGGUGAACAGGUUGAAUGGGCCUAUGCAGUUACAAAGAUGCUCAUACAAAGAUGUAUAGUUUACAUUUUGUCUAUGCUAGAAAUGUUUUUGCAACAGUUGACUGACUUCUUCACAAAUCUGGCAUCACCGCUUGACUUCAGCCUUUUAUUUACAAGUUGACUUUUUAUGUAGUAAGACAAAAAAAUGUAUUUGUACAGUAAUCCGUGCUUGUUGAUUAGCCUUUAAAGCCUCUUGGUAGUUUUAUUAGGAAUUUUGUAUCUUUGUGUUGCUCAAUAAAGUUCACAUGUCCAUCUAUAAA